AUGGCUAUGGUCGAAGUCUUUCUCGGUGCAUUUGUCACAGUUUUGCUUGAGAAGCUAGCAUCUGGUGAGCUUCUAAAAUUUCUGCGUCGCGUAGGAAUUGAUGCCCACCUGAAAGAAUGGCGUACGACAUUGUUGAUGAUUAAAUCUGUACUUAGCGAUGCUGAAAACAAGCAAACAGCAAAUGAAGCAGUGAAAGAGUGGCUGAAUGAAUUGGAGAAUUUGGCUUAUGAUCUUGAUGACUUAGUGGAUGAGUUGCACACUGAAGCUUUGCAGCGCAGAUUAGUUGGAGCUGAAGGCGGAACCAGUAAGGUACGGAAGCUUCUCCCUACUUGCUGUACUGAUCUCGCUUAUAGCGAUUUUAUGUUUGACCGCGGAAUUGCUUCCAAACUACAAGAUACUAAUGUCCGAUUGGAAGUUCUAGUCAAGAAGAUUAGUAUGCUUAGUUUAAUGGAGACCACGAGGGGGCUGCCGGGAAAAAAAGGAAAAAAAUUGCAAAUGACUUCACUUGUGGAUGAAUCUGAUGUACAUGGAAGAGAAGAGGACAGAGAAAAAAUAAUUGAGAUGUUGUUGGGGGCUGAAUCAAGUGAUAGUCCAAUAUCUGUGAUUCCCAUUGUGGGAAUGGGAGGUGUGGGGAAAACAACCCUAGUCCAGUUAGUAUACAAUGAUGAAAGAUUAAACGGUGAGUUUGAUCUGAAGGCUUGGGCUUGUGUUUCUGAUGAAUUCGAUGCUUUUAGGGUAACAAAAAUCAUCCUUGAGGCAGUUUCCGGUGGAAGGUGUGACUAUGAAGAUUUUAACAUGCUUCAGGUCAAACUAAAGGAAAAUCUUUUAAACAAGAGAUUCCUAAUAGUUUUAGAUGAUGUCUGGAAUGAAAAUUAUGGAGAUUGGAACAUUCUACGCCGUCCUUUCCUUUCUGGCAGACCUGGGAGCAAAAUCAUUGUUACUAGUCGACAUCAAAGGGUGGCCAAAAUCAUGUCGCCAAUUUCAGCACAUCAUGUGACUGUGUUAUCAGACGAUAAUGCUUUAUCGUUGUUAGCUCAUCAUGCACUGGGAACAAAGAAUUUUGAUGUACGACAAGAUCUAAAAGAGAUGGGUGAAUACUUGGUGAAAAGAUGUAAAAACUUGCCACUAGCAGUGAAGGCUGUUGGAGGAAUCCUUCGCACAAAAGUUAAUCCUAAAGACUGGGAAGAUGUAUUGAAUAAUGAAAUUUGGAUAAAUGGAGAAAAUAGUGAAAUUCUUCCUUCUUUAAAACUCAGUUACCAAUAUCUUCCUCCACAACUGAAACGAUGUUUUGCUUAUCGUGCCAUCUUCCCCAAGGACUAUGAGUUCGACAAGUCCGAGCUGCUGUAUCUUUGGAUGGCUGAAGGUUUUCUGCAUCAUUCACAGCAAGAGAGGUCAACUGAAGAAUUGGGAAGUGAUUAUUUUGAUGAACUAUUAGCGAGAUCAUUCUUCCAACAAUCAGGCUUCAAUUCUUCAUGUUUUGUGAUGCAUGACCUCCUUAAUGACUUAGCAAUCAGUGUCGCUGGAGAUAAAUGUUUGAUGUUGGAUGAUAAGUUGAAGGAAAAUCUUCAAAGCAAUAUUUCUGCAAAGGUCCGUCACUUGUCGUUCAUUCGCCAUUUCUUUGAAUCCUACCAAAAAUUUAACCUUGUCAAUAAAUUUCAGAGUUUAAGAACUUUUUUGCCUCUCCCCAUAAACAAGUACGUUGGUCAAAAUUUCAUGUCCCAAAGAGUUUUGCUCGACCUAUUGCCAAAGUUGUGCUGCUUAAGAGUGCUAUCAUUAAGUGGUUAUGAUUCAAUUUAUGAGCUGCCAAGUUCUAUCAGUAACCUAAGACAUUUACGAUAUCUUAACUUAAACAGGACUUCGCUCAAACGGUUGCCUGAAUCCCUGAUCACCCUUGUCAACUUACAAGUGUUGAUCCUAAGGAACUGUGACAAACUUAUCAAAUUACCGCCAGGGAUAGAAAAUCUUAUCAAUCUCCAUCAUCUGGACAUUGUUAAUACUGAUCUAUUAGAUGAGGUACCGGAAGGAAUUGCUCAACUGGGAAGUUUACAGACAUUAUCCAAGCUGAUUGUGAGUAAAAGCAGAGGGUUGAAAUUGAAAGAUUUGGGGAAACUCUCGCUUCUACAAGGAGAAAUUUAUAUAAUGGAACUGCAAAAUGUGGUGAAUGUUCAAGAAGCAAUAGAUGCGAGACUAAUGCAUAAACCAAGUCUUAACAAAAUAAGGUUGGCAUGGAGCAACAACUUCGAUGAUUCUCGAAAUGAAAUGCUGGAAGCAGAAGUGCUUAAUGCUCUAAAGCCCCAUGAGAAUUUAUCUAGUCUUGAAAUUGAUUUUUAUGGUGGUGCACAGUUAUCGGGUUGGAUUGGGGAUAUGUCAUUCUUCAAGUUAGCAAAAAUAAGGUUUAGCUCUUGUAAAAACUGCAUGAGUUUGCCAACAUUAGGGCAUCUACCCUUGCUAAGAGAAUUGAGCAUUCAAGGAAUGAAUCAAGUAAAAGUGGUUGGAGUUGAAUUUUAUGGAAAUCUAUGCAGUGAAAAAUUGUCAUUUCAAUCACUAGAAACUCUGACUUUUGAGGACAUGCCAGAAUGGGAGGAGUGGCAUGGAUUAUCGCUUGAAGUAGAAGCAACAGUUGAAUUUCCUAAGUUGUUUGAAUUGUUCAUACGAAGAUGUCCUAAAUUGGUCAGGCUUCCAAUUCUUUCGCUUCCAUCUACUUUUGGAGUAAAAGUAGAAGAGUGUAAUGAGGUGGUGCUAAAUUGCAUGCACAAUUUGAACUCCCUAACCCACUUGAAGUUGGGGAAGAUUUUUGGGUUAACUUCAGUCUUGAAAGCAUUUCAGAGGUUUCCUUUGAAACUUGAAAAUUUUGAAAUUGAUCACUGUGAUGACCUAGCGACUCUGUGGCCAAACGAUAAUAUUUCACGACAACUAGACAACCUACGGAAGGUUGUUGUUAAAAGGUGCCCUCAGCUCUUGUCCCUUCAAGAAAUUGGUGCUCUUCCUGUUGUUACAUCCCUUAGUAUUGACUCUUGUGCAGCUCUAGAGUUCUUGCCUAAGAGCAUAUCUCCUCUAACAAUAUUGGCUAUCCAAAAUUGCCCGUUGUUGAAGAUGGUGGAGUUAGAGGAGUGUAGAACUUCACUCGAAUCUCUUAUUAUCAAUUGGGGGAAUUUAAAUAUGACAAAUUUAUUGGGGUCUAGUCAUAAUUACUCAUGUUUAACUUACCUCAAUAUAUAUUCGUGUGAUGAUCUGGAAGCGUUUCCCCUGGGAGGCUUGCCAACUCCAAAUUUGAGACAUCUUCAUAUAACUGAUUGCCGUCGUCUAAAGACCUUACCCGACCAGAUGGAAUUACUAUCAUCUCUUAAAUCCCUGUGGGUGGAGAAUUGUACUUCAUUAGUAGAGCCCUUUCCACAAGGGAACAUUCCCCCCAAUCUGACCUCCCUUGCAAUCACCAACUGCGGGAAACUAAAGCCCCUGGCAGAGUGGGACUUACACAAACUCACCUCCCUGUAUGAAUUUGUGGUCAGUGGUGGAUAUCCAGAACUGGUUUCCUUCUCCAACAAUGAUGAUGAACACAAUUUUUUUCCUCCAUCUCUAACUCAGUUGUGGUUGAGUGACCUUCCGAAACUGGAAAUCUUAUCAAAGGGAUUCCAAAACCUCACAUCUCUUCGACGUUUAUCCAUCUCAAAAUGCCCAAAUCUCGUGGCGUUGCCUAUGGACAACCAGCUCCACAACCUUUGGAGCCUUUGGAUCGAUGACUGCCCACUUAUUAAGAGACGCUGUUCGAAGUACAAAGGAGACUACUGGACCACGAUCAGCUACGUUCCUGAGGUUCUAAUUGAUGGGCGUUCCAUCUAUUAA